UUGUCGGAUCACAGUAACCUGUACUUGGACUCUCUCUGGACCUAAGACACAACUUUACUUACCAUCGCUUUGCACACUAAGUGAUAUUAUUUUUGGGGGUUUGACCUCGGACACAAAUCAAGUUCAUCUAAUAGUUGUCUGAAUUAACAUCAUCAUGGCUGAGUCUGGUUUCCCUUUACCACCAGAGGAUUUCUGUGCGCUGUGUGCGGACACACUAAGAGACCCGGUCACCAUCCCCUGUGGAGACACCUACUGCCUGGAGUGCAUCACGGUCUACUGGGACCAGUUUGACCACAUGGGUGUGUACAGGUGCCCACAGUGUCGCGCCACCUAUACACCACGGCCUGCGCUUAAACAAAAUCUUCCAGACGUGAACCAAGAGACACAACGCCAGCUCCCGGAGCUCACUCCUUUCCCCUACAUGCAACAAGAAUCUUUCUGCGAUUUCUGUGUCGGCCAUCGCAAAAAGGCUGUUAAGUCUUGCCUCAUGUGCUUGGCCUAUUAUUGUGAAACUCAUGUCAAGCCACAUUACGAGUCAUCCACCUUCAAGAGACACAAGCUGGUCGAUGAGAUGGGCCACCUGGACAGGAAAAUAUGCCCCCAGCAUGAGAAAGGCCUCGAGCUGUUCUGUCGCACGGACCAAAUGUGUAUCUGUGUGCUGUGUACGGUCAGAGAGCACCGGAGCCACAACAUUACCUCAGCAGAAGAAGAGCGCAACGAAAAACAAAAAGUCCUGGUGGUCACCCAGUCUGAGGUCCAGUACAUCAUUCAGGAGAGGAUGAAGGAGUUGCAGGAGCUCAGACAUAAUGUGGAAGUUCUCAAAAGUGGUGCCCAGCGAGCACAGGUAGAAAGUGAUAAGACCUUUCAUGAAAUGCUGCAAGCGGUGGAGCGCUGGAAGGCUGAAAUCCACCAGAUGAUAACAGCCAACAUGCAGUCUGCGAUGUCGCAGGCUGAGGGCUACGUGGACCGUCUGGAGCAGGAGAUACAAGAGCUACAGCGCAGAGGCGCAGAGCUUCGGCAGAUCCUCGAAACAGAGGACAACAUUCACUUUCUGCAGAAUUUUCCAACUCUGUGCAUUCCUCCUGAAGCCAUGGUGCCCAAAGUGCUCAUCAACCCUCAGUUCUCCUUUGGAGAGAUGAGUAAGACGGCCACGGAGAUGAAGGAACAUCUGGACAACAUCUGUAAGAAGGAAUUGAGCAAAAUCUCCAAAACAGUUAGUGAAACCCCAGUGUACAUACUUUUGCCAAGAAAUGGAGACAAACGACUCAAAGUUCCUUCCAGAGUUGAUUUUCAGGAGCCAAAAACCAGGAUGGACUUCUUAAGAUACACCUGCAAGAUGUCCUUUGAUCCAAACACGGUCUAUAAAGAGCUGGUCCUGUCCGAGGGCAACCAGAAGGUCAUGCGGAAGAAAGCAGUCCAGUUUCACCCAGAUCAUCCAGAACGCUUUGAUGGUUACUCGCAGGUGUUGUGCAAGGAGCCUUUUACUGGUUUCAGGUUUUACUGGGAGGCAGAGUGGAGUGGCGAGUUUUCCAUCGGGGUGGCCUACAAGAGCAUCAGUCGCAAAGGGAAGAACUCGCACAGCCUGCUGGGCUACAACGACAAGUCCUGGAGUCUCCUCUGCUCCGAUUCAGGCUACUCUGCCUGGCACAACAAAGUAGACAGAGACCUUCCUGAAGCUCCCAGAGCCACACGGAUUGGUGUGUACCUGGAUUAUGCCGGAAACACUGUGGCCUUUUACUCGGUAUCAGAGACCAUGGCACUGAUCCACAGAUUCAAAGCUCAGUUCAGUGAGCCUUUGUAUGCUGGUUUUGGUGUGGGCUCGUCUGUAACCCUCUGCCAGCAAAAGAAAAAUGCAAAGCCUUACUAAAGUAAAGAAAUAAAUGAGGGAAGUUAAAUUCAAUCGUGAAGGGUAUUAACUCUGCAGCACUAUCACAUAUUGACUGAACUUUACAAUGCAAAGACAUGGUUGUUGUUUUUAACCCCUCUCUUAAACAAAUGUAAUGUUGUUUUGACCACACUCAGCAUGUUCCUGUAACAUUUGAUAAUAAUGUUUCAACUUAAUUCAACUUCCUGUUUUAUAUUUUAUAUAUCGGUGUAAUGCAGUGACCAAGUGUAUUAAAGGCCUAUCUUAAGCUUUAAUCAUUAUGCAUUGGCUAAAAUAAUCUUCGGAUACAUGAGUUGUGUUUAUAUUUGUGAUUGUAUGAACAGUAAAAAAAAUAAUCUCCAUG